AUGCAGACUGCUUCUACAAACAUUUGUGAAAGAAUGGGUUGCUCUCAGAAGCUCAGUGAAUUCAAGCAUGGUACCGUGAUAGGCUGCCACUUGUGCAAGUCCAUCCGUGAAAUUUCCUUGUUACUAAAUAUUCCACAGUCACCUGUUAGUGGUAUUAUAACAAAGUGGAAUUAACUGGGAAAAAACAGCAUCUCAGCCACGAAGUGGUAGGCCACAUAAAAUGACAGAGCGGGGUCAGCACAUGCUGAAGCGCACAGUGUGCAAAUGUCACCAACUGUCCGCAAAGUCAAUAGCUAAAGACCUCCAAACUUUUUCUAGGCGUCAGCAUACCAAGACAUUUUGGACAAUUUCAUGCUUUGUGGGAACAGUUUGGUGAUGGCCCCUUCCUGUUCCAACGUGACUGCACCAGU